AUGGCCGCAACAGAAGCACCGCCAAAGAAAGCGACAGGCGACGGCCUACUCAUUAUCAACGCGGGCUUAUUCCGCAGCGCCACCAAAUCAAUGGCCCUCGCAUACCGAAUCCUAGGCUUCAAAACACACCACGGUCUACUAGAAGAAGUCGCAGAAAUACCCUGGGUCUCCCUCGAAAAAGCUGCCGAAGCGACAUGGCCAUCUACGCCAAACGCCCGGCCCCGAGCAAGCUUCACGCGUGAAGACUGGGACGAGCUGUGGGGGAAUAAAUACGACGCCGUCACAGACCUAGCCUCGCCUUUUACACUGGAACUCAUAAGUGCCUACCCAAACGCAAAGGUGGUAAUUGUGCAGCGUGACUUCGAGAACUGGUGGCCUAGUUUUCAGACUGAAAUUCUCGACCGUGUCAUGCUUCAGCCGAUGGCUGCUAUUAACGGGUUUCUGGGCUUACAUCUAAUGGGGAUUCCUGCUGUACAGGCGAUGCGGAAGAUCCAUUUUGGCUUCUUUGGUGCGAAGAGUCAUGGGGAGAUUCGGGACCGUGCGAGAUCGGUAUAUGAGGCUUAUUAUCGCGAUGUGAGGGCGAUGGUUCCGGAAGAGCGGAAACUUGAAUAUCGGAUUGGUGAUGGGUGGGAACCUCUCUGUCGGUUUUUAGGGGUUGAUGUUCCCGGUGUGCCGUUCCUCUAG